CACACAUCGGCUCUCGUCACUCGUUUUUUGUUUCCUUGCCCCCCAGCUGGUGCGACCCUCCCCUCUUUCUCUCUUUCUGUGGCUCUCGUCGGCCCAUACUCCCGUCCUCUCUCCUCCCGACCGGUCGUGAGCGUUGCUGGUCUGGUCUGGUCUGGUGAGCGAUGUGUUGCUCCGUGGGUUUCGCCCGGUCUCUGGGUCUGGCCCUGCUGCCUCUGGCCCUCUGCUGCAUCGUGUCCAACCUGCUGCUGCUGUUCCCCAUGGGCGAGAUCACCUACGUCCAGCAGGACCGCCUGGCCAGCUACAUCUGGUACUUUGGUGGACUUGGGGGAGGGGGAGCACUGAUGCUGGUUCCAGCUGUGGUCUUCAUCACUCUGGGGAAAUGUAACUGUUGUUGGAAUGAGAGUUUAAUGAUGUGCGGGUCGGUGUUGGCAGCUGUGGUCGGCCUGGUGGGGUCCGCUUACUGUUUCGUCAUGUCAGGAUUUGCCUUGCUGCAGGGCCCGCAGUGCUUCACCUCGUUAGGAUGGUCGUACCCCUUUGCAGACCAGGGGGGCAGGUAUCUCUUCCAACCAGAGACGUGGUCCCGGUGUCUGCAGCCGGUCCACAUCGUGGAGUGGAACGUGACCCUGCUGUGUGUGUUACUGGGCCUGGCCGCGCUCGAGUUCAUCGUCUGCCUCCUGCAGCUGGGCAGCGGUUUAGUGAACGCCGUGUGCCGGCCCUGCUGCUACAAGCAGGAGUACAGCCUCAACACGUAGACCCACCGGCACAUGUGUGUCGUAGUACCCGCAGAGAGAUACCAGUGCACACGGCGACAAAGCACACACACUCAACAUGUAUGCACACACACACACACACACACACACACACAGGACAUUAAUGGACAUAAUCGCAUAAGUGGAAAUUCUGCCCUGUUAAAGCGGCAACAAUCACCAUGCGCUCAAUGAUGAUGAUGAUGAUGAUGAUGAUGAGCUAUUCUGGUGCAGUAAGUCUCACCAUUUAAAAAGCAACAGGUUAUAUUAGCCCAUAAUAAUGUGUUUGAGUGUGUGUCCUGACUCCUCCAUAGAAACUAUUAUAAACUAAAAUAAGAAAGAUAAAGUAGAGCAUCCUUGAUAAUGACAAUAAUAUUAUUAUGAAUAAUAACGGGAGAUAUAUGGCAGAGGUUUCCCUUAAGUAACUAGCAGUGUGUGAACAUUUCAUGAGCCCUAUAUUUUGUUUACAAAAAAAAGAAUAUAUAAAAAAACCGUUCUUAGACUUGAGUGACAAUUAUUCGCUUCAUGAAAUCUAUAUUCAUAAUGUCAGGGUUGCUCACUUUCUUUGUUAUUAUUAUUGGCGGGAUACUUUCUGUACCUUCAGAAACCCAACAACUACACUACCGCUUUAUUAUUGCUACAAGAGAUGAUAUUACCCUUCAAGCCAAUGUUAUUAAACUAGGAGAAUUAAGAUGGCGCCCGCAUAUUGUUUGAUAAUAAACAAGCUUGUGUCCUUAUUGGUGGUGUCCUUGCAACGAGAGAUGCUCAUUCAGAUUAUUAAGUUGGUUAUCUCGAUGAACCAGGAAGGAGUUGUUGUUGUUGUUGUUGUUGUUGUAUACACUGAUAGAUCACUUAAGGAUUACAAACAGAUUUGUGUGUGUGUUUGUACAUUUGUUUUUAUUUUCAGAGCAUUUUGUUGUAAUUUGUUUUUCUUUGUGUCUAUUGGAAGCCAGAUCAGUGUAAACAGACAUUUUAUAUAUAUUUUAGUGACAUAUUUAUAUAAUGUUUGUAUGUGCCGCCUUUAAUAAAAAAAUGACUUUC